AGGGCGAAUGAAUGGGUGAAUGAAUGAGUCACAUGUAGACAGAUUUUUUUGCGACUCCUCGACUGAUUGCCGUUCUGAACAGAUAAUGAUGAGGAUGAUGAUCCCUGAGCUAUAGUAGCAUCACAGCGAUGUCAUUCUUCCUGAAGAAUAACAAGUAUGAAGCUUCUGCUGAAGUAGUUCUCCUACAACCUGUUGUAGACUAAGACUAAGAAGACAAGGGGAAACGAGUAGCGGCCGCUGUGGUAAGCCCAUCGCUGCCCGCUACGAUAGGACGGGGGCCGAGCUAGGAGGUGGCGAACAAAGAACGAGCAAGGAGGAGACAAGAAAGGAAGCACGCGAAGACAAAAAGAACGAAGACAAAACGAGAACGCGAAGAACAGAGCACGCAGGCCGCAAAAACGUCAACCGAACCCGGCCGCGCCUCACCGCCAGGCGCUACCUACGCGCAGUCGCCGCCG